AUGAGCUCACAAAUCUUCCGCGAGCCCUUCAACCGCAUCAGAUCUCCGCGCGCCCAUCCCCGGACCUCGAUGCCCGACAACGACACGCAAGCGCUUUCCUCAUCCGCUUCAAUCCGACGCCCCAACUUCCCCAACACGGACCGCGUUCUGCGACUCGUGCUGCUCAAGAGCGUAACACAAAGACCGCCAGGACCACUUCGACCUCGUGAGGGAAAGGGUCCGCAAACGACCGGAGACGUUCCACAGCGGCAGGAGGUGGUGAUCCGCAGCAACAAGGCGAAGAUCAACGGCCUUUUGCUCGCCGAUGGCGAAUCCUCCUCCACAGCCCUCACCGGUAUCAUGAACUCUCUACUGCGAAGCCCCAGCGAGUUGGCUAUACUUGUGGACGAUAUCCGCACGGCUUUGGCACGUGAGACGGACAUGAUCUCGACUGCUGUGCACGAGUUGCGCCAUCUCGGCGUUUUCAUCGAAGAAAAACUGCGCCUCGCACCGUCUGUUCCUGUUGAUUUGGCCCGCGUCGUUGGCCAUUUUGGCACUGGGCACUGGAUUCUGGUCGUGUGGCCCUCUGUUAUCAUAUGUGCUCGUUCUAAUCCAACCCCUCACGAACGAGCUGCUCCGGGCAAUACUCACCUGUAA